AUGUUUAAAUCUUCCUCUUCGUCGUCGUCGACCAUCGUCUGCUGGGAUGAUCCAGUGAUAAUUUACAAAAUUCUUCAAUUUCAUCAUUACAAUGAUUGGAAUGAUUGUAAAUUAUUUACACUGUGUACCAAGUGGAAUCAUGUGUUCUUUUCCGAGUACUUGGCUUUUUGUUACAUCCAAAAUAUAUUUCAAUUGAGUUCGGAACAAGUGAAGAUACUUGAAUUUACCUUGACAACAAACUUUGAUCGUAAUCAACAACGAAAAAAGAAAUCAAGAAAACGAUAUUCAUCAAGGGAUGUACAUGAUGAUGAUGAAUUGGGAUGGCAUGAAUUUCAUCAAUUAGACAGCGCUUGGAAAGUUUUAAAGUGGUACAUUAUUUUAAAAAGAAGGUCAUACUUUUAUCAUCAGACCCUUUCGAGUUUAAAUCAAUACAUGAUUCAGCCUAAUUCAUCCUUAAUUGAUGAUAUGAUCGAAAAGAUGACCUUGGAGAAGCAUCGUCUCCAAUUACAGAACGCGAAAACAAAAUUUUUUAAUACUGACUUGUAUUUAUCCGAGAAUGUUGUCAUUACUGAGUCUGUCAUUUGUAAACUGAUGAGAGGAGUUUUUAAGGAAGUGUUUAUUGAAAAUAUUCAAAACUUUGGCAAUUAUUUUCAAAUGAAUUACGUGAUAUUUCUUGGCUAUGGAUAUCCAUUGUACAUUUCCCUAACAAGAUCUACUUCUCCUGAUUACGGAAGAGAAACAUUUAGUGUGGAUAGCAAUGAUGCUUUGUGCACAAACUCGUUUUCACGUAACAGAUCGCCUUUCGAAUCAUUCUAUUCUUGGUCAAAUUCUGAACAGUUAAAUUAUCUGAAAAAAGUUGUUUUUCAAAAUAGUUUGAUUGAGUUGACCGAAGACGAAUGUGAUGGUCUUUCAAGAAGUGAAUGUUUUCAGUGUGUUCUAUAUAGAUUAUUGAACUCGGGUACAAUCGACGAAGAACGGUUUGAAAAAGUUACCAAAUCACUUGAAGGUGACAUUGUAGUAUUAGGCAUUGGUAAUGACGAUAUUGAUGAAUAA